CAACCGAUUACCUCACGUAACCCUAAACCCAUCAAGCUCUCGCUUUCUCCUCCUCAUCUCACAUCCGACGAUGACGGUGGCAAAUCUGACUAAAGCCUGGAGCGGGAUCGGUACUUGGGCUCUCGAAGCUGAACGAGCCGAGGCAGAGGAGAAUGAACGCGUUGCUGCGGACUCCUCUACCGCCCGUCCAACUUUCCUCGCCGAUGAGCCAAUGCAGGGCUUUCCAAGCCUCAAGGAAGGAGCAAGAAAACCUAAGAAGAAGAAAGGCGUCUCUCUUACGCUUUCCGAGUUCACCUCCGGCAACUACGUCGGCCCUGGAGGUGCUCUUCGCAAGCCCACGUUCGAUUCCAAUGGUCUCACAGUCGAAGAGAUGGCCCGCCUUCCUACUGGUCCCCGUCAACGCACGGCUGAUGAGAUAGAUCAUUUACGCCUCGGUGGUGGCUUUCGUUCUAAUGGUUAUGGCGGCGGCGCUCCUCCUCGCCACCUGAGUGAGGAAUUUACCAAGGACUCAGAUCGCGAUCGUCCCUCGAGGGCUGAUGAGGUAGAUAACUGGUCUCAUUUUAAGAAGCCGUUUUCCAUGGAUUCCUGCCGGCCAGAUCGUUACGGUUCCCUGGGCACAUCCAAGGCGGACGAGGUUGAUAAUUGGUCUUUAGGAAAGAAAUCUGUCAAUCCUGCUUCUAGGAACUCUGGCUUUGGAUCUGGAUUUCGGGACUCUUUCGGGUCGGGGAUGCAUUCUGAUCGUUGGGAUAAAGGAAGCGUGCCUUUUCCGAGGAAUGGGGAGAGAGAAAGGCCGAGAUUUGUACUCGAUCCUCCAAAAACAGAUUCUGAAUCACAGCCAGAGCCUGCGCGUAGCAGGCCGAGUCCUUUUGCUGCUGCAAGGCCAAGGGAGGAGGUGUUGGCUGAGAAGGGGGUGGAUUGGAAGAAGAUGGAAAUCGAUAUAGAAAUGAAGAAGACUAGUGGCUUCACAGACUCUUAUUCAAGCAGGACAUCCAGUGCGCAGUCAAGCAGGCCUGGGAGUUCGGGCUCACAGGCUUCAUCAGAAGGAGGGGUGCCAAAGCUUCGGCCUAAGGUUAAUCCUUUCGGAGAUGCAAAACCUCGGGAGGUUCUUUUGGAAGAGAAGGGAAUGGAUUGGAGGAAGAUUGAUCAGGAACUGGAGCAUCGUGGGAUUGAAAGGUCUGAGACUGAAGAAGAAAAGAAACUGAAAGAAGACAUUGAUAAUCUGAAGAAGGAACUUGCUAAGGAAACUGAGGAUAAUGUGAAUGGUGAUUCCUCGCAUCUUCCUACUGAACAAUACGAUAUCUUGCUUGAGCAAAUAAGGAAGAUGGAGAAAGAGCUGGAAAAUCUAAUACGCGAAUUAGAUGAUAAGGUGCGGUUUGGUCAGAGAGCCUUUGCUAAUGGCAGGCCUGGUUCUGGAUCUCGAAGAACUCCUUUCUCUGCAGAGAAGCCAUCAGUGCAGACUGGCUUUUCAGAAGAUUCAAGGCAGACCGAGUUUGUAGACAGGCCUCGAUCUAGAGGGACGGGUGAUUCAUGGUACAGACCCUUCAUUGAAAAACGGGGAUUCCAAUCAAACAGGGAUUCAACCCUUCACGCCAGCAGGAACAUGGAUAGGCCAAAAUCCGGGGAAAGAUGGUGAAGGAGCUUAUAUUUCUUCUGGGGCCAUUAAUAUUUUUUAUGCUGAAUCUGAAGGCUCUGCUCUUUUCUCUUUUUUUCUUUUUUUUUUUUUUUCUUUCUUUUUUUUAGAAUGUUGAGCGCUAAAGUGUAAAUGUAAGCAAAAUCAGUGUGCUCAAAUUUGGACCGGUUGCGAGGUGGCAAAGACUCCCAACAUUCAGCAACUAACCUAACUGGAAGGGUUGGAACAAAGGUGACAUAAUUCAUGGCUACCUUGGUUUGCUGUAAGACUUGGAAGUUUUUGCAUGUUAAGCCAAGCGUCAAGUUGUCUACUUUAGUUGAAAUUUCCAUUUGUUAGUUUACCUUCUGCAUGAUAUCUUACCUUGUUUCUGAUACCUUUACGUUAGCAAAUGGAAGUGCUUUUCCUUUUAGUUUUUUUUUUUUUUUUUUU